GAGAUCGGCGGGAGCUUCCCAACGACCGCAGGAGAGAUCCGAGGAGCCAUGUUGAAGCUCCUCACGUCCGCCCGGGACCUCCCCGAGGCCCCGAUCGGCGAAGUGGCGCUGCAGUGCCACCGCCCGCCUCCGUGUCUGGCUCCGCGAGUGGGCCCGAGCCAUCGAUCCAUGUGACCGGCUGCAGCAAUGAGACAGUGUCGAACAUCAUCCAAGGCUUGUACAAUACAAAAGAGUCGAACCACGGCAAGCCUGUCUACAAGAAGGAGGGUCCCCCUGGCAGCGUGACGGUACUGAUCUACUACUGGGACGAGCGCGACGGUCCUUCCUUCAAUGGCUGGUGGUUCGGCCCGAAGGUGGGUGGCGACCAAGUCUGGGCCUACAAUGGUGGGAACCUUGGCCGAGAGAACGUGAUGCCCCCGACCUCCUUUUGGAAGGUGCCUUGGGAUGGCAAGGUGGACGAGAAGCUGCGUAUCAGUGUAGGCGCUCCGCGGCGGGAGCGGGAUCUGCGGGACAAGCGCGAGGAGGAGCAGAAGCGUCGCCGCGAGGAGGAGGAGCGCCGCCAACGGGAGGAGGCGCGCCGGCGCCGACAGCGCGAGGAGGAGCAGCGGGAGCAGGCGCGACGAGAGGCCGAAGCCCGGCGGCGGCGCCAGGAGGAGGAGCGGAAGCAGGAGGAGGCCGCCAACAACGUGCGCGAGGUGUUGAAGAAGCUCCGCAACGCGACCCCGGAUAACUUGAAGGGCCUCCAGGCCGAGCUGGACAAGGCGGCGGCCGCCAACUUCCAGGCCAUGGGGGCGCUGCGCGACCGCGUCAAUGAUGAAAUGCAGCACACCAUCACACAGGUGCAGAAGCGCAUCGCCGAGGAGCUGAAGCAGCGGGAGGAAGCCGAGCGCCGGCGACAAAUGGAGCUGGCGCGCGUGGAGCAGCUGCUGAAGGAGGCGGCCGCCGAGGUUCAGACGACCGAGGCUCACGUGAGCGCGGCGCAGGAGUCGAGCACCGCCGCGUGCCAGCGGGGCAUCGACGCUGCGUCUGCGCCGGAGGACAUCCUGCAGGCCGUGCAAGGAGCCAGCAAGGACGUCGAAGAGGCGAAGGCGCUGUUGGAGAGGUCCGAGCGCAUGCUGGCCGUGAAGAAGGAGGCCAUGGGCGCUGGCGAGGGUGCCCGGCACGUCAAGGCUGCUGUGGAGGACCUGGCCGGCCGCUUGCAGGGCUCCCACCGCUCUCUGCAAAGGCGUCAUCUCCGUGUCCUCUCUGGACACAUGUCGCGGUGUGAUGCACAUCAUCAUGAGCACAUCUCAUAUUAUGAGCACCUAUUUGAGAAGCCGAAUCUGAGGCAAAUGGGGGCAGCAGUAGGGCCCCCGCUGUCGUGGCCGAAGAGCCACAACUGCGCACAAUCACUCCCUCUUCAUGCUCUUAUGUACAGCGAUCAGCCAAUAGGCGGCCAACAACGAGGGUUGCCGUCGCAUCCAUGUCCGUGA